GUUUCAUCGUCAACAGGAAACAGAGUAAGCGUCCUUGGAGAUGUUGCCAGCUUCGCUCUAACUUUCGCAUUUUCCUCCUCUGUUCUAAGGAUGUUUUCGUCUAAAACCUGACAUAUUCGAGCCAUCAUUACAAGGGCUAACUUUUGGUCCGAAAACGGGCCGACAUUUGUGACGGUAAAACACAAAAGAGGAUUUCUUCAACUACUUCUCUGUUUGUGCUAACGUAAAGGAGCUACAUGGCGCCCUGUUAGCUAGUCUGAGAUUAGUUUAUAUGUCAGUUUAAUACGAUUAGUUUAUUGUACAGUGUAUAACCUGUCAUCCUGUGUUGUAUUCACCCCAUCUACAGUAACCAUGACUGCAGCUGCCCUCAUAGGAGACCAGCUGAUCCUGGAUGAGGAGUACGAUGAGAACUACAUCCCCUCUGAACAAGGUAGACAGAGGUCAGAUUUAUAAAAUGGCAUGAUAGGAGACAGAGGGGAGAUCUGGAUUACAGCAGAAUUAGUGUGGGCAGUGACGGGAUGUGGUGGGCUGGCCUAUCAAGUAGGAGAGAGUGGAGUAAGUUGAGCCAAAGGGUAAGUUGAGCCACCCUCUGUUGCUUGGAAAUGGUAAAAGAAAUUGAUCAUGUGACCAAAUAUUUAGGAGCUGGGCAUCAAUUCAUGGAGUCUGUGAAGGUUAGAAGCACAUGGGUGAAGGGGUUAGACAUUUAUUUUAAAAUAAAACAUUUUUCACUCUUGAAAGUGAAUUGAGUCUGUCAAAAGUUUUAUUAGAAUUGUGUUCAGACCAAAAAUGAUCAUUUAAAAUAUUUUUUAUACAUCAAUUGUGGUAUCUAUGAGCUACAACAUGAGGUCAAAAACCUAGCAUAAAAGUCCACCAUUUUAGCUUAGAGGACUAACAAAGUUAUAAUAGUAGUUUUGGGGUAAAUUGAGCCAGUAGCUCAACCGAGACAGCAAAGGAGUCCGAUGAGAGGAUCAGGGUUGCAGUUCAGACUGUUGAAAUGUUUUACUUUUUCUUUUCAGAAACAGCUGUGAAUGUUCUGAAUCACUAAAAGACAUUCUCAUGUUAAAAUGGCUUUUUACAAAACAGCUUUUUUGCAGUUAUAUGUAAUAAUAAUAAAAAUAAUUAUUGUACCCAUGAAAUCGCUUAUAAUAGAUAAAAAAUAGAUGAAUGUGAAGAAGUGACUGUUAUUUAGGGAGAGAGAAGGUGAGGGAGGGCUGGGGUGGAGAGUGGGGGGGUUGCCCCUAUGGUCAACUUACCCCAUACAUGGGAUUGGUUGACCAUAGAAGACCACUUUUUUGGCAUGCUAUAUUAUCAAGACAGUUGUGUUUGCACUCAUUCUGUUUGUUUGCAGGGAUGCACAACAUCUUGAAAUAUAUGCAGAUACACUAGUUAGAGAUAAAACUAUGAUUGUAAUGUCCAUGUAGAUUCUCAUUCAUCCAGGUCAUGGUUAUCUUGAAGACUUAAAAACAGGCAACUGGACUGUGUUUUUAAGUCUUCAAGAUAUGAUUGUAAUGAUGUAGUGAUCAGAAAUAUGAAAAAUGGCUCAUCUUACCCCACUCUCCCCUAUCUGGGGUCUCAGUUGUAAGUGCACUAAACAGGGCUGCUGUGCACCUGUAAGCAAACUGUGCCCCCACGACUGCCUCAUUAUCUAUCUCUCUUUCCCUCUCUUUGUGUCCUCAGAAAUCCAAGAUUAUGCCAGAGAGAUUGGCAUUGAUCCCGACACUGAGCCAGAGCUGCUGUGGCUGGCCAAGGAGGGCAUUGUUGCACCUUUGCCUCCAGAAUGGAAGCCUUGGUAAGUCAGAGACCCUGUUGUCAUCAACGUCACCAUCACCAUAAUUUCCUAGAGAAAACAGCCUCUAUUCUUGCAUCAAGUCAACAGUGAGGGUCUGUUCUUGACACCUGCAGAUGGAGGUGCACAGAAACGUUUUCUUGGCACCAUCUCCAGGGAAAUGUCAGCUGCUAUGAAGUGUCCUACAUUUUAAUUCAGUGACUGGGAGCAAGGUGGAAAGGCUCUUUUGUGUCAUUUAAUCCAGGAGGGUAAACUUUUAUCUGCUCUUGUAUUUGAGACAUGGAAAGUGAAAUAUUUAAUGGCUUGUGAUCAAUCAGAGAAAGAUUUAAACACAUUGUUCAACAUCAAUUCAGUUUUUGAUUGGGGCUCCUUUCUAAUGAAGUCCUGCAUCAAUGUAAAGCCUGGGGUUUCUUUGAUGGGUGAUUAGGUCGGCUGUGGUCUUCCUUCUCUUGAUAAAUAGGGGCCAGGGGUAAGAUGAGCCAUUUUUCACAUUUUGGAUCACUACAUCAAGGCGAUCAUAGCUUCGUUUCUAACUUGUGUAUCUGCAUAUAUUUCAAAAUGCUGUGCAUCCCUGCAAACUAACAGAAUGAGUGUACACAUAACUUUCUCGAUAAAAAAAGUGGUCUCCUAUGGUCAACUUACCCCGUGUAUGGGGUAAGUUGACCAUAGGGGCGGGGUUAGUUGAGCCGUAUCGCUACUACCCUGUACAUCCAAGCCUCUGCAGCUUCCUGGGAGUUUUUUUGAGAUAACAAACAUGAUCAUCUCCCCUCCUCCCCCCUCCUCUCCCACAGCCAGGAUGUGACGGGUGACAUUUACUAUUUCAACUUCUCCUCGGGUCAGUCUACCUGGGAUCAUCCCUGUGACGAGCAUUAUCGUCGCCUAGUGACACAGGAGCGUGAACGUGACCAGUUGAAUGGCGCUGCAGGAGGAACUGGACUGAAGAAGGACAAGGAGAAGAAAAAGAAGAAGGAGAAGAAGGAAAAGAAAGAGAAAAAGAAGAAGGAGUUGCUCAAGGCCCCGAAUGUGAGUGAUGAAUUUUCAAAUUAAGUAAAAUAAAAGUUUAAAGGUCACAGGUCAAUAACAGGACAGAAUUCAGUAACAGCAAACCAAAAGGUCUUAAAAUUAAAGAGUAUGGAUCACAGAGUGUGUCGGUCAUUUUUAUGAGAUAUAAUGGGAAUAUUCAUUCACCCAAACUUGAAAAUGAACCCCAGAACUGUGAGCUGUCCUGAAAAGAUCAUAAUUGAGUUUUUCCUUUCAGACCCUGAGCUCAGCCCUCGGCCCGCUCUCCUCCCCGCUUGGCAGUCUGGCUCCUCUCAGAGGUCUGGAUGCCCCUGGUUCAGGCCCACUGUCUAGUCCUGCCCCUGCUCUCAGGCGACCUCUUGGUAGCACUGGGGGACUGGAGCCCUUGAAGACCACUCUCGGGGUAGAACUAUGUGAUGAACCACACAUCUGAAUUUUCCAUCCACUUAUCCCCUCCAGUUUACCACGUUUAAUCUUUCAACUCUUUCAGGCUUCUCGGAGUGCUGGAGCUUCGCUUGUUUUGGGCACCAGGCAUGAAGAGAGGGUGUCUCUCACUCUGCCUGGCUUUGAUGAUGAUGAAGAUGAGGAUAGAAUUUCAGAAACAGAGGUACCAACUCAAAAACGGUAUCAUGACUGAUGGAGCUCCAGCUGUCCACAGAUUGUAAACACAGAACUCUCUGUCACUGUUUCAGCCAAGUCCUCGUGGUUCAGACAGGUUGCUGAGGAACGUGCAUCUGGACCUGGAUGCCCUUGGAGGAGGUCUUCAGUAUGAGGUAGUAUGAAUAUUUUCUUUAAUUGUUUUAAACUGUUUCCUUUGUAUAAUGGAUAUUUUUAAACUGAGCCAUACGCUGGCUUUUCAUUUUAGCUAGAUGUUCCUUUUCAUGAAACCUUGAUCUUAAAGUGCUUGACACACCUGUACCUGUAAUUUGGUAGACUUCAAUUAAGUUGGUUAAGGGGGGGUCAGAGUCACAUAAUGUGUGUGUGUGUGUGUUUGCUUUAGGACAGUGAAGCCAGUGGUGGAGCUCCAGUCGAAGAGAGGACAGAGCCAGAGCUGCAGGACUUGGCCUUAUCUGGAGACCAUAGCCCUGAACCACCAUCCCAACAAGUAAUAUGUAUACACACACACACACACACACACACACACACACACACACACACACACACACACACACUUCUUCUAAUGGCCCCUAGCUUUGUUUUUAUCCAUCGUGCUGCUGUCAUUCCUGUGUGCCUUAUUUGGUCAGGAUGUUUUCCUUGUGACGGUUAAGUUAGUAUUGAAUUGUAAUGUUUGAACAAUGAAACAAGUUGACAGGAAUUUGAAUUACAUUGUUUUUAACCCCUAUCGUGUAAAGUGGGGGUGUUUGCACAUAGACAGGCUUCAUUUCCUUCUUCUGGCAGCUUGAUUAAUAUAUGAAUUACAGCUCAAACUAACUUACUAGUCUCAGAUUGGUGUCUUUGAAAACAAUAGUAUUGUGGCUGAUAGUUCAUUUGAAAUGAGACAGGGAAUUUCUGAAGUCUCAACAUUUGAUUGGUUGCUUUAUUUUCAAUCAAAUUUAGGCCUCCAAUUACUUUCAAACCAUCAGAUUCUGUCUUUAUUUUGCACAGCUGAUUAGAUUUCUUGACAGUUUGGACUCCAUCUUUAGAUCAUCCAUAUUUUACUCUCAGUGUACCACAUAGUGGAUCUUUUGGUGUUGUGCUAUAUAAGCAUGACUCUAAACCAUCUGUUGUUCCUUCUCUCUUUCACCUGUACACCUCUCUCACCUGUGCAUGCUGACCCGGGUCGUGUUCCUGCAGCUGCUGUGCUGCUGGGAUCUGUCCUACGGGCACGGCUGCUACUGCGUCUUCCUCCUUGUGCUGCUCUCGACUUACUGUCGCUGUUAUUGCUUUGCUGUCUGAAAAUCAGCCCCAUGAAUCACUGCCAGGAAAACAACCAACUCUAUGAACUCCUUUAUGAAUAUUGUGAUUUAUAACCGGAGAUGUUUUUUUUCUGAGGAUUUGAUUCAUGAAUCUUUUACAGACGUUUCUCUCUUUUGAAAGUUGGCAAAGCAUUGUUUGUUUUAAGGUGACUCCACAUCAUGAUAAUGAGAUGUAGAGGAGCUGAUAUGUAGAGAUUCAGCGGUUUCUUCUUAUGCAACUACUGUUUGUUUAUCUCUAACAAACCUGCUGUUGUGUGAGUGCUUGUGUUCAAGUGAAUAUUUGUGUAUUUCUCUGUGCAGAAAUGCUCGUUUUAAGUGUCUGUUUGCAUAACGUGGUUGUGGUUGAAGUGUUGGUUGUCUAAUAAGACUAGUUUUCUCUCUACAUAAUGCAUGAUCUGUUGGUUUGCAUGUUAAGAUCACCACCCCAACUACAACUUUCAGUGGGGGUGUCAAUCUUUGUGUCAGCCUCCUUCCCUCACCGGCCCUCCUCCAUUCUUUAUCUCCCCUGUGUCUCUGCACGCCUUCCUCUGUGCCUCUCUGUGGGAUGGAUGGACUCUUCUUCCAUUGUCCCUCCACCUAAGGACUCACUGAGGGGCCGCAACUUCUGCCUGUCCUCACUGGCAGGCAGCAGAAACCACGUCAGUGAGGAGAGGCCGAGUCCUGAUCAGUCUGGUCAACAGGAGGUAGAUGAGGAGGAGCAGGAGGGAAAAGAGGAAGAGCGAGAGGGAGGAGAAGAAGAUGUUAAGAGCAAAAGAGGAGAAGACGAGGGAGGAGGGGAGGAAGAAAAGGUGGAGGCGGAGGAGAAAGAGGAGGAGGAUGAGGUAGAGGAGGAGGUGGGAGGAAGUAAAGGGUCUGUAGUGAGCAUUAAAGAAGAGGAGGAGGAAGUAAGGAAGGAGGAGGAAGAUGAUGAAGUGUCAGGGAGAGUCAGCUGCAAUGCGAAACAGAGGAGCGAUGAAAAAGAGGAAAGUCACAGCAAUGAGGAAGAGGAAGGUUGUUCUGAAAGCAAAAAAGAUUCAACUAUAGAAGAGGAGGAGCAAAAAAAGGAAGAAAAAAGCACAUCCGAGAAAAGUAGUGAUGGAGAGAAACGCUUGAAAAGUGAUAAAGAGGAGCACAAACAUGACCAAAAAAAGAAUGAGGAUGAAAGAAGCACAGAUGAUGAAAAAGGGGAGGUUGAGAGUGAGGGAGAAGAGGUAGUAAAAAGUGAAGGAGAGCAAGAGGAAGGAAAGGAGGAUGAGGAGGAGAGUGAGGAAGAGGAAGCUUUGGAAAGAUGCUCUUUGAGUCAGAGGAAGAUGAGCGAGAGCAACGAGGAGGUGAUAGAGAGGUGUAUGCAGAGUGAGGGAGUGGAGACGGAGGGAGACGGGUCGGAGGUAGACGAGGAAUCAGACGCCCAGAGGCCUCAAAAAAUAACCGAGAGCGAGGAGGACUCUGUCGAGGUUUUUCAGACUGGACAGACUCGAGUCCAAGCGAGUCCGCUGAGAGACCUCAAACCCCUAGAACAGAACAGCCAAACUGGUGUGAUGGAGAAUAAGACUGAGAAAUGCCCCCUACCUGAGGAGGUAUGGUUCGGUGUUUCCUCUGUUUGUGUGUUCACACCCCACAUUCACUACCUGACCCCGACUCCACCCUGGUCCUGCUGGUCCCCGCAUGUAGCUCCCUGAAUCCACCUCCUGAGGGGCUGCUUCCUUAAGCUGGAGGCUUUUAUUUUGAAAUACUUUGGAGCCCCUGAGGACUGGAUUGGAAAGCCCUAACCCUGUUUUAUGAUUGACAGAGCAGGUUUUAGGCAGUUACCCAUUGGGCUCUGAGAAAUCCAGAUCCCAUCUGUCUUUUAUCAGUUUCAGGUUUUUAAUUCAUCUGAAUUUACGAUAAUCCUUUUUACGCUCUAUAACUAAAUCCUGAUUGUGCCCAUGCUGCCUUUAUUGUGAAAAUCACACAGCCCUAUGUCUCUGCUCUAACCUGCUGCUGACUUUAACUGUGUGAGACGGAACUCUCACCUCCAGCUGUCAAAUUGCUUUUCCUCACGUUGUGUUUCUCCUGUUGCAGACUGCUUGAAUGUACCAGUUUGCAUUUUGUGCUCUAUCCUGCUGCUGCCGUCAGUAAAAUUAGCACCCACCCUCUUCUUUUGCCUCAUGCUGUCUGUGUCUGUGACUUUAGGAUAAAGCUGCAUGCUUCAGUGUUCAGUGAUGCUUCUGUGAUGUUGUUGGUGUACAUGUGCAUGAACAGAGUGAACCAGGACUGUAACCCUGACACUGAACGGGUUUUUACAUGUGUGUGUUACUGCAGGAGUCUGAGGCAAGGAAGAACUUUGAGGUCGCCUCAUCCUCCAUCGAUGUCAAGGUACUCCAGCCGUGCAGGAUGACUCCACUCAACCAUCAAACAUUCAUUCAUUCAUUCAUUCAGUUUCCUCUCAUGACUCCAUAACUUCAUGUUUCCAUCAGCUGUCAGAGAAACUGGACAUGGAUGAUCUGUCCGGCACUGUCAGUCCACUGGAGAAAGAUGAGAAAGAGGAAGAGGAGGAGAAAGAGAAAGGGCCAAAAACAGAGAAGCCUGAAGCUGCCAAGAGGUUUGUUGUGUUGUUAAGACACCUUGUUUUUGUUCCUCUAACAACUUUUUGGAAAUGUGUUUGUGGCGUCAAAUUUAAAAUGAGCAUAGAUGUUUUAUGAAACAACAUUUAACUGGUUGUUGAUUGGUGUAUAACUGACGGAGGCCUUUGUGUACCCCUGCUCCUGAAACUUGUUCUACGGUGGCCCUGAGGUGCAAAACACAAAGACAAAUCAGACAACACAACGCAAAAAAAGAAAACACAACACAAAAAGAGAAAACACAACAACAUUAACCAUUGUCUUUUCUCUUUUCGUGUCGUGUGUUCUCUUUUUGUGUUUUGUGUUUUCUAAUUUGCAGUUGUGUUUGCACCUCAGGGCCACUGUAUUGUCCUGCUGAUAAUUAACACUGAAAAUUGUGCACUUGUGUUUGACUUUGACAUCCUGUUCAAUCUCCAGGCAUUUGCACAUGGCUGGCAUACACAAACCUCCUGCUCCUAGAGUGGACCGACUCGUGCUCCACCAGUCCAGCCCCUCCCCCUCCCUCUCAAGCUCCUCCCACUCAGAUCAAGGUGUCAAGCUCCAUCCUAAAAAUGAAGACCUCAUCUUAUCUCUGGGGCUAAAGAGACCUGAGACCUCAAGAGGUCGGCUGGUCCGGACCUCAAACACCCAACGAGAGGACUCUGGAUCGCCCUCAAAACACCCAGAAAGCCCGUCAGAGGAGGAGGAGGAGAAAGAACGCUGGAAAACUGGACAAGACAGAGAGAGAGGCAAGACGGAGGAAGAGGAGGGGAGGAAGGGGGUAGAGUGGGAGAGGAGUCCGAAAGAGAGAUGGGAGGAAAAGGAGAGGGAGAGGAGAAAGACUGAGCAAGAGGUGGAGGAAGAAAGGGAGAAGAAGGAGGAAAGGAUGCACCUCCUCAGGGAGGAGCUGAGGAAAGAGGAGGAGGAGGAGGAGAAGAGGCUGAGGGAGGAGAGUCAGGAAAGACUGAGGUAAGAAAGGGGGUCAAACAAAGACCAAACCUCAGCAGAAUCCUCACAGCUGAACUCGUGUGCAUUUGUGCGUCUCAUCAGAGCUCUGCGGCAACGCCUCCUGUCUGAGAGGAGAGAGGAGGAGGCCCGUCUGAAGGAGGAGUCUGAUCGGAUUCUGGAGGAGCUCAGAGAGUCUGUCCAGGCUGAGAGGAAGAGACAGGAGCAAAAACUUAGGUCAGUCACACUCACUUGUUCUGGUUACACCUGACAUGAAGACUCUCCAGGGGUUAUUUGGUCCCCUUUUAACUCCAGGGAUGACUACAUGUGUCCUGAGUCACCUCUUUGGAUGAUCUCUCUCCUAAUCCUGUAUAAAUACAAAUCACAUUUUCAUGGUUAAACACCUUGAUGAAGUGGAAAAACUGCAGUUCCCCAGAAUACCCGGUUGAGGUUUGAUCUGUAUGUUUGUUCUGCACUCAGGGAGGAGAGUGAAGUCAGGCUGAAGGAGUUACGAAUCACUCUGGAGGAGGAGCGAGAGGCUGAGCGGGACAGACUGGAAGUCCAGAAGAAGAAGGACGAAGAGCGUCUGAGGAGAGAGAUGGAGGAGCAUGUGCAGGCAGAGAAGAGGAGGCUGCAGGAGGAGAAGGAGGAGAAACUGAGCUCUCUGAAACAGCAGGUGACUGAGAGUGUCCAAGGCUGGUCUGCUUUAACUUUAUUUAAACCGAGGGACACCAUCAGACUCCUGCUCUGUUUGAACUCUUGUCUCUGUUCAAAGGUUAAACUCACAGACAGUAGACGGGAGCUCCUGAGUCCUCGGCCUGAAAGACAGCUGGCAGAGUACCAUCGAGAGGUCAGGACACACACACACACACACACACACACACACACACACACACACACACACACACAAAUCAUCAUCACGUGUGUUUCUGUCCGCACGGGGCUGAGGGUUUUAGAUAAAAGAUGAUCAUACUUUACUUUGGACGGACUGUCCCUCUUUCCAGCUGGCUGACGUCCUUCAGGAAGUCCGGGAUGAGGAGCAGCGUGUUCACGAGAGGAAGCUUGAGCAGCUGAGGGAGGAGCACAGGAGGGAGAUGAACACCAUCAGAGAGAAAUACCUGGAUGAGGUGAGGGAGCUUACACUCCUGAGAUGGACUCCUGUUUGGAGACAAGCUCUUCUCAUGACUGUGUUAAAUCAAAUUUAUAACUCAGGAUUGUUUGUGUUUUGAAGGAGACCGCUCAGAGGGAGCGCCUGCUGUCCAAUCUACAGGAGGACAGAGAACAUCUUCAGGCUUCACAUGCUGUCCAGCUGGAGAAGCUCCGCCUGCAGCUCGACUCUCAGAUACAGAAGACUCAGCUGGGACACUCCCGCAAGGUGACGCCACUUUUCCUGAUGUUUGUCAGUGAUGAAAAUGUAACCAGCUGCUGGGUGACAUCUGCCGAGUGUCUGACCUUUUCUGUUUUUUGUGUUACACGUUAAAGCCUCAAUUGAUCCAUGUUGAUUGACACCCCAGCACUGCAUUGUGGGAGAAUAGAGGCUUUAGUUAUCGUAUUGACUGGAGUAUCAGUCAAAAAGUCUAAUUCCUGAUCUAGACAAAUGCUGACAUCUUGUUUUGGUAAGUCAGCCAAUCAAAGGCUGUAACUGUCAUCAGCUGACCCAUAGAGAGCUAAAGGUUGUGGACAUUUAGGCACCUAAGGGAGAAUGCUGAUUUGACAGGAAGGUGGGCAUAUUGGAGCAUUUGCCAGGAGGCCUAGGGUUUACCUUUUCUGGAGGUCAGAAUUUCCCAUACUGUCCCUCUCUCUUCCUGAUGGCACUGUUUCUUUAGAUGUGGAUGGACAGUUUGAAACUAGAGCUAAAUCUGCUUUACACCCAUGAACAAAUCACAGAUUUGAAAAACAAGAAAAAGUUUGUUUCCGAGGGUGAAUCUUUCUUCUUUCUGCUGUUAGGAGUCAGAACUGCAGGACCUGGCAGAUCAGAUGGAGCUGAGAGCCAAAGAGCUGAAGAGCCAGGAGGCCAUGCUGCAGGCUAAGGUCUGAAUGCUACAUGUACUAUGAAACACUCACACUGAACUGAAUCAUGGGGGCUGAUGGUUUCUGUCUGUUUCCAGGCUGCAGAGCUGAAGAGGAGGAGGAGGAAACUCGGGGAGGAAGAAGAUGAAUUGGACAGUCAGCUAGAGGUGGAAAAUCUGAUUGUUUCCCCCUAAAGAUCAGAGGUCAUAUUCACCAAAAAGUCCAACUGCCAACCCCUAUAAUUCUCUACUUUUGGGUUUGUCCUCAGGCUUUUCCCCGACUGAUCCAGGAGAGAGAGCAGCUGAAGGAGGAGCUGAAGAUGACGAGAGAGGAGAAAAAUCAAGCCAGAGAGCUCCUGCAUAAAGCCAGGGAGGAGAGGAGUGAGGCUAAGGUGGAGGAGGGGAGGCUGAGGGAGGAGAGAGACAAAGCCAGAGAGGAGAGGAGGAAGGCCAAGGAGGAUAAGGAGCGACUGGAGAGCAAGGUGGCGCUUCUGCAGGAGAGAUGUGACCGACUUAAUCGCAGAAUCAGGUAAUAAUUCUCAAACAGGAAGUCCUGAUGUCAGAAGUUUUUCUUCAAGUUCAAAGUUCUUCUUGAGUCAGAAGAAAGCAGUGAUCAGCAUUACUCAGGUUUGGACUCAGUGAUCUGAUUUUGUCUCAUUAUAUCAGUGAAAUGGAACAUGGAGAAGGAGCAAAUACCUCUGCCAGACCAGAUCCUGCACAGAAUGGCAAGAGGGCUGAGUCAGCAGACGGCACAGCGCCCCCCGAUGAAAGGAAAGACUCAUCACUACAUGUAGAAGACCUGGAUAACCCUCCUCUCUCCCCUGUUCCUGACAGCCACAGCAGCAUCGACGAGUAAGUGGAGGUAGAAGAAGAAGCAGAGAUACAGAGGAAGACUAAGUCAGCUUUAAAAAGGAACAUUUUUUAACUGAUUCUGUCACUGCAAUUUAAGCUGAGUCGCCGGUGUUUAUUUAUUAUUUAUUUAUUUUUUGCUAUAACAAGAUGAACACUUUAAGAGGACCCAGCACAGAACCCUGGGGAACACCUUGAGUUUGAAAUGAUCUUUCCUUUCCUACAUUCAUAGCAGAUUUGCCACUUUUGGCUUACAAACACAAAAAUUGUGAUGCAGAUCGGUAAACUUUAGAUCUGAUAGUGUGCAUUUAACCACACCAUUUAUCCCUCCACCUCAAUGUGUCCAGGCUCAGACGCUACAUCUCCUCACAUGUAGCAUCUAUCCCAGAGACUAAACUCUUCCUCGAGAGAGAAAGCAGACAGCUCAGGGAGAGGCAGGCGGCUCUGCAGGCAGCUCAGACCAGCUCCUCCGAGGACCCCAACCUGGACGGAGAGGUGACGGAGGAGAUGAUCAGAAACCUCCAGCAGGUGAGGGGAGAAUAUGACUCAUGAUUAUCAGAGUAGUUUUUUUUAUGCUUGUGAGAUCAGCUGAUUUGAAUUCUUGUUGCUCUGCCAUUUCAAUCAGGAGGCCAGAAAAGUGGUGGAGCUGCAGCAGACGGUUCAGAGAGGAAACACUCUGUUACGGAGGACAGAGGAGCAACUGCAGCAGCUGGAGAGCUCUUUAGCUCAAGAGGUCAGGAGAGGCAUCCUUACAGUACACUCUUGCAGAUGCUCUGCUAAUGUGAUAUUAUGGUUAAACAGCAGUAAGAACAACAUUAGUGUGUAGCAGAUAAAUGAAAGCACCAGGAGGCUUUAGAUAGAUCAGACUAGAGCUGAGUUUCUGUAGGUGACAGACUCUUUGGCUGCAGCGCUAAUGACGGGUCUAAAUUAAAAGGGUUAUUUCCACUCAUCAGGUCUACUUCUAACCUAAAGGAAUAAAAAAGUGAUUUGUUUGACUGCUCACUGUCUUGUGGCUCUCUCUGUGUAGCCUCUGUUGGAGGAUCUGUCUCGGCUGGCAGGAGAAAGAAAGGUGACGUUUGAUGUGACUGAAUCUGACCUGAGCAGCACAAUUGACCAAGCAGACGGGACAGGUGCCGCUUUGAACACACCCACCACUUUGAUUGCUUUAUUUCUAGUCUUGCACAGUAUUUGUAUUGAACACUCACUCUGAGGUUGUUACCCCCUCACGCUCUCCCCAGGACAUCAUCCUACCGUCCCAGACAAAGUCCAGGAGUUAGCCGAGUCCCUGCAGCAGAUCUCAGGCCAGCUAAACACAGUCCUGAGUGCGUUGGGUUCACUCACCCAGAGGCAGAGCACCACCCCCUACACAGCCUUUCCUCCACCUCUGUCACAACCCCACUCCAUCCCAGCAAACACCUCCACCUCCUCCACCUCUGCACCAGUCAUGCCUCAGUUGCACAGCUUGGGUCCUAGCUCUGCAGCUCCCCGCUCAGGGCCAGCCUGGGCCUGGGCCCCUAUAGGGACCCCUUCAGCGACUCCUUUGUUCAGUACCCCCAUCAGCAGUGGGAUGAGGGCGUCUGAGGACCUCAUCAACAACCGAUGGAGCCAAAUAUUCCCCAGUAUGAACGCAGAGGAGUCAUUUUAUCUGUCACUUUAUUUCGAGAAUGAAUAAAUAAUGAGACAAAGGUACUGUUUAUAAUCCUCACCUGCUCUGUUCUGCAGGAGCAGCCAUGGACCCCAUCUCCUCCAGCACCAGGAGGCCGAGCUCCUCCUACCCAUCAUUCACUCCUGUCAGGUAACCUGCACACACCUGUUAUUGUCCCAGGUCAGCUCACAGACACAACUUCACUCUUUUAUGUGGACCGAUUAAAGCAGUUAUUCAAAGAAUUCAAGUUCAAAUGAGUAUCAAAGGCAAACUGAGUCUGCUCAGGAUGGCUUUGAUUCAGCACAUUAUUAAAGGGAUAUUACGGGAUAAAUUUAGGUUAUGGUCAAAUACACUGUAACACAGAGUUAGACACCCCCUCGAGAGAUGAAUGUUGCCGACUGCUUACUUCUCUAGUUAUACCAACUUUAGUAAUGACCACAUGAUAGCAAUACACAGCAGUCUAUGUUUUCAAACCUAAACCAAACCUUAAAACUGUCCAUGCGCAAACCUCAACCAAAAAGCCACUCUAUAGCCACAAAUAAUGGUCAGGGGCCUCAUUUAUAAAACCUGGCGUAGGAUCCAUACUAAAAGUGUACGUAAGUUGAAAAGCUGAAAAGUGCGUAGGCAAAAAAAAAAUCUGAUUUAUAAAACCCUGCCUACGCACACCUGCACGCACUUUCCCUUUAUAAAUCACAGACCAGCUGGAAAGUUGCUCAGCAGGGAUUUGAUUCUUCCCCGCCCUAUCCACACCCAAAAUUCACCAUGUAUGGUCAUGCAAAUUACCUCAUGAAUGUGAUUUGCAUGUAGAUAAGCCUGGUGGAUCCACGGCAUUUCACGCUUAACCAUGGCAUCAGCAAGUCGUAGAAAAAGAAACUUUUCAGAGAUCAAGGUGGAGGUUCUUGUAAAUGAGGUGGCGGCGAGACGGUAGACCUUAUUCGGCGGCCAUUCGAGUGGCAUCACCAAUAAAAACGCCGUUGCCGUGGUGACAAUUGCGGCUGGCACUGAGCGCAGCGUUGCCGAAACAGUGUUGUUUUCGUCAUAUUUCGUCAAAUAUUUUCGUCAACACCAGCGUCAAAAAGAAAUAUUUUCAUCAACGAGAACAACACUGGUUGUUUUUGUUGACGGAAAUAUUUCCCUUUUCUUCCACGACGAAGACGUAACGUUGACGAGCUAAACAUAAGUCGGAGAUGACUAACAUGUGACGAGACGAAAGUGCGUUUACGUUGAUGGGACGAGACGAAAAUGACGAACAGAGUUGCAAAACUCAAUCAGUUAAACGCUAAACAUAUGGGAGCAGCUUCUGUCCGCUCUGACAGCUCUCAUCAGCCUGCUGUGCUCCUCCAACACACAGACACACACGCACGCGCGCGCGCAAACACGUGGAGUUUUGUUUUCGUUGACGAUGACGUAGACGAAAACAAAACUGUGCCGAAAUCAAGAAGAAGUGGUCUGAUCUAAAGGUGGAGGCAAAGAAAAAAGUGGCUUUGCACCAUCAAAGCGUGGCGGCGACAGGUGAGAAUAAAAAAAAACAUGCACGUGUGACACUCGUGCAUGUGUUCAAAAAAAAAAAAAACGCUCCGUUAUCCACCGCUGCUUAUGUGGUGAAAGUUCGUAAACCAAAAAGAUUUAGUCAUAUUAAUCUUAAAACAAAUGCAUGUAAAUGGAAUUUGUUUUUUUGCACAUUUGUAAAUUCAAAUUGGCAAACUAUCUACACCGCCACAGUGGGGUCUGUGCUUUCUGCGAGCAUCACUGCCUGGUACGGCAGCUGCAGCUCUCAGGACAGAAAGGCUGCAUCGAGUCAUCCGUUGUGCUGAACGCAUCACCCGGACUAUUCUCACCUUGCUCCGAUUGUCUCCAAAAAGUGCGUAAGCAAGGUGUGGAGUUUGCUUAAAGUUGCGCACAUUCCUACACUAGUUUUUCUUUUAUAAAUCCCAACUCUUGCGUAAGAAGUGGCGUACGCAAUUUCUAGCCAGGUUUUGUGCGUAAGCAAGCUUUAUAAAUGAGGCCCCUGAACAGCACCUCGGGUCCCAGCCAUAGUACUAACCACCAAACAUCUUUUUAGCUUUGCCUGGCUUCAUUUGCUUUAAGUUAUUUUCACCAUAAUAAUCAUUUUGCACUGCAGAUGCGGUAGUUCUUCUGCAAUAGCGUCUUGGUCUGAUUACAUUCCCAUGAAGUAAUAAUCAUAAAUUCUCCACUGCACUCGGUGAUCGACUAGUCAGGGCUCCCCCACAAACAAGUGGCUGCUGGAGGAGAGUAGGUGAGUUGUGUUUAGUCUCUUUGCUAAAGAAAUCAGGUAAAGCUAAAAAGAUGUUUGGUGGUUAGUGCUAUGGCUGGGACCCUAUAUGUACUGUUGAUGAAGUUAGGUGCUGUUCUGAGUAUAAUUUGUGGCUAUAGAGUGGCUCUUUGGUUGAGGUUUGUGUGUGGAGACAUAGACCGCUGUGUAUUGCUGCUGUGCAGUCGUUACUAAAGUUGGUAUAACUAGAGAAACAAGCAAUCGACAACAUUCAUCUCUGGAGGGGCUGUCUAACUCUGUGUCACGGUGUGUUUGACCAUAACUUAAAAUUACGCUGGAAUAUCCCUUUUCACUUACUAAGAACGGUAUUCAGUGGUCAGGUUACGACGACAAUGCCCUCUAGAAACACCAAGCUACUUCAGACAGCCUAAAGCACCGAUAAAUGCAGCUGUAUGUUUAGAAUUCAAAUGGCACAGUCCAGUUCAUAUACAAACUUUUCCCUCCAAGUUUGAAGGAAAACAAAUAAAAAGUGACAGCUUUACUAAUAUUAACUUAAAUCUGUGUGUCUGUUUCUUAAUAUCUCAGUGAUCUGGGUCACAGCCUGCAGACAGGGCAUAAGUCAGCCGAAAUAGACAGCCAGAGGCUCCAAGGACUGAUUGACGGCAACAAGAGGUGGCUGGAGUUGCGCAAGAAGGACACCAGCAUGUAUCCUUUCUGGACCUGAUCAAAGUUGGUCCACAUGGGUCAGUGAUAGUCUGAAGCAGCAGGUCAGCGAAUGUCCUGAUUGGUCAGUCAAAUUGAAGUGUUCAGCUCUGUGUUAAAGUUAAAACUAUGAAGCUCUGAAACCCUCCCUCUUAUCGUCUUUAACUCAGCCCUCCAGACCUCUGUUUACUCGCUAUCAGCCACCCUCAGCCAAGAGCGGCCUGCUCCAGCUAGGCCUGGACGACAACAACCAGAUCAGAGUUUAUCACUACUGAGGACCAUAAACGCACCUUGACCUUGACUUGCUUAGACCGGCACUGAGAACUCCGGAGCAGAAAUCAAGUCAAGUCAAGGCCUGCUAGGUUAGGCUGUAUGUUUCGCCUCCCCUCAGUUUCAAAAGAAAGAGAGAAGAGGAAGACAGAGAAAGAGGACACAAAAAACAGCACCAGAUCAAGACACCUGUUUGGACUAAAGUCCGCCCCACCGUGUAGGUUAGGCUGUAUGCUCUUCCUCCCCCUACUCCCCCAUUUUUAUCAGAGAGAGGGAAGGGAGAGAGAUAAAAAGUGAAAAAGUCUGCCAUCCUCCUCUGUAAAAAGAAGAAGGUACAGAGAUCUGAAACCCCACACAGAGCUGAGGCUUUCCUGUACCACUGUGAGCUACAGGAGCCUUUCUGAUGCACUUGAACAUCAUGUUUACAGACGACAGACUGUGCCAGAUUUAAGCCAAACAGUUGACUUUGAAGCCAGGUGGAAAAGUGUUACUUCAAUGUAAUCAUUUAGGACAAUCAGAGAGAAGAUGCUGUAAAGUGACUGUAAUUACUCUCCUUCUUUUACUUGAAACUUCUCAGUUAGUCGUCAUGCUGCUGCUUCAGGCAGGAGGUCACAGUGAGUCAUGCUUUACAGUGGUACUGGGGUUAAGCUUCAGUGCAUGGCUACUUUCAUUUGCGCUAAAGAAAGUGAUUCUUUGUGAUGUCAAAUAUUUUUCCAGUGUUAGGAUUUCUGUUUUUUGUAAACACUUGUUUUCAGUCUCUGAUGUGUGUGGAGCCGUAUAUGUGAGGUGAGUGCUGUGAACUUUGUGUACAUGCAGGCUCAGAGAAAAAAAAGGCUUUCUUAUGUCUUUUAUGCAUAUAUAUUUGUGUAAAGUCUGUAUUUUUCUAGAAAUUAUUUUAAUAAAUAUUAUUUUAUAAAUACA